AUGCGCAUGCAUCGUCCAACCGCAAUAUUUGGUAGCGACCCCCAAGCCCUUGCUCGUAUCUCUCCUUCGCGGGCCGCAGAUUACCUUAGGUGCUUCAUCACCACGGUGGCAGGCACGGUCCCCAAGCUUCCUGCAUUGGGGCUAACCAUAGAAGAAGUUAAUGAAGCUAGCCUUAUGCUUGACAUCAUCGAACGGACAGACCCCACUCUGCGACAACUGCAAUCCGUUUCCAAGCAAAUCGCAGAUAUUGCGACGACGAUUCAGCAGCAACAGACAAACAUGACCUUCACGGUUGAAAUUCUCUGUCUCAUGGUCGAGGUCCUGCAGAACCAUGCCCCCUCCGUCAUUGCUGACGUGUUCAAGGCCUGGACUCGCAGCACCUGCGGCAUCUCCUCUUCGGCCCCCUCCUCUCCCGACAAGGCACCCAUCUUCCCUGAUUCCGAAGAAUUCUCUACUCGGAACGACCCCGUUGGCGAACGUUUUGCUGCCGCUGCCCCGUCUGGUGUGGAAAGUCCCCUUCCCACCCCCAAUCGUAAUGAUCCAGGACCGCAUCACCCUCUCAGUAGCUCUCUACCCCCAAGUGACCCCUGGUCGAGCAGCUCUCUGCACGAAGUACCUGCCUCUUCUCCCCAACCGACUGUCAAUCAACCAUUCAACGACGAAGAUACCUGGAAAGUCCCGCCUUACUGGGACGCCCGCGGUCGCAGUUCUCGGAGGUUGCGGCGCGAGGGUGCAUUCAUACACACACCCGACUGGGAUGCAAUGUCGAAAACUUAUGGGCGUGGCGACGAUGCUGCUGAAGAUGACCGUUCGCAUACCCCUACAACAAAUGAUGUGCACAUAUCGACAGCUAUGCCGCCUGCGGCUCAUGCCCGAACCCACAAACAUGAGGUCGGGGAACGUGCGUCUUCUCCUACACAGCUCCCGGCCUCUAUUUCUCAAUCACAAGUAGGUACCGACACCGACAAUGUUCGGGCCGUUCCACAACGUUCCGACUCACCGGACGCUACCGAGCUCAGGCGACGCGUCCAUGAGCUACAGGAAUAUAUAGACAAAGGAUACGAAGGACGGCUACCGCCAUAUCAGAACAAAACGAAGGAAGCGAGUGAUGCAUCUAGCUCGCACAAUGUCCCCUCUUCCAACUCCAAUCUCCCUGUAACCUUACCACCACCUACCCCGAUGACGCCAAGAAAGAAACGUCAGCGGGCGCCCUCACAGUCUCCAUCACGCUCUCCAUUUCACUACUCGCCUGGUUCACAUGCGGGUUCAGCAGGUCUACCCGAGGACGAGGACGAGGGCCACCCCACUGAGGCGCGUGCGGUAAAACGAAUGAAAGUCUCUGCCCCCACAUCAACGCCUAGACCAGCCCCCACUCCCGAGAACAUCCCAGCUUCCGCUUCCAAUUGUACGCCUGAGCCGACACUCACCCCUGAGAUUUCGGCUAUGGCUUCUGGAGUAAAUUCAGGAACGAGAAGCCCCACGCCUCCGAGGAGGCGACCUCUCACGCGGACAGCAACAAUGGACCAGUUCGAUUAGUCUUCUGCACUUUUUGUUCUUUUAUUCGCUUUCCUAUUCCUCCCACCCUUCCCUCAAAUUGUGUUGUAGUACUCGGUUGUGUCGGGUAGUCCAUGCGUGCUACGGGUGUCCC